GUACAAGGCGCGCUUCUGCAUACUGAUCUGCACUGCCCGGCCAAGUAGCCGACCGCACUCAGAGGGUUGAGACGGGAAUUGAAAAAGGCUGGGGUUGCCCGUCCAUCUCAUUUGAUUUGGAACAGCACUCCCCAAUUCCCAUCGUAUGUGUUGUAUUGAAUAGGUACGGUAUCCCAUGCCGUUCACACUCCUGAUCCAUAUCAAGCCUCAACUUCCAACCGGAUAAAACGCUCCAAUCGAGCAAAGAUGACGGACAGGGCCUUUUGGAUCCGGAACAACCCCAUUCCUGUGGAAGUGAUCAGCUAUGUGGACCAGGGGGUUCGUGACAAGCUACCACCGGGAACCCAAAUCGAGGGAAUCAGUCCUCACGGAGUCUCAUACUGGUCACGGACGGCCAUGAUAGAGGCCACAGACGAAGAAGGGAAUCCCACCCCAUUCUUCAUCAAGGUCAACAAGUUUGAACUUGGCAAGGACAUGGUCUCGUCCGAAUACUUUGCCAUGACGUUGCUUCAUAGUGUGGCGCCGGAGAUGUCUGCUGAGCCCCUGGCCUGGGGCGCUUACACCGAGACAGCAGACACCUACUUCCUCCUGGCACGAUUCCAUGAGUUUUCGGACGACAUCCCAGACCAGCAAAGCUUCCCAAAGCUGGUCGCUGAGUUCCACCAGCGCGGCGCGUCGAAGACAGGGGAGUUCGGGUUCCCCAUCACCAUGUAUGGCGGUCGGAACCCCCAGACGUUCCCUUUGUGUAAGAGCUGGGAGCAGUGCUUUUCGAAAGGCCUAGAGAAAAUCUUCGACAUGGAAGAACAGACACACGGGCCAGACGAAGAGAUGCGGCGCCUUCGAGAGGGUCUCAUGACCAAGGUCAUCCCCCGACUGCUACGGCCCCUGGAGACGGAGGGCAGAACCUUGACUCCGACGCUGGUCCAUGGGAACUUGUGGGAUGGCAAUGCUUCAGUUGACGUGACCACUGGGCAUCCGAUGUUUUAUGACUCCACCCCUCUCUAUGCCCACAAUGAGUAUGAACUAGGCCCAUGGUGGCCGCGGCGCCACAGGAUGAGUCGUGGGUAUAUUCAGGAAUACAGGAAAUACCUCAAGCCGUCUCAGCCAAUUCAGGACUUCGACGAUAGGGUAGCGCUCUACGCACUUCGUUUCGACCUUCACGCAUCCUCGCUGUACCCCGGGAACCUUCGGCACAGGCAUUUGUAGGUGAUAUUCUAGACUAAGGCCCUCUCCAGAAAGAGGACACCAUCUAACCUCACGGGAACCUCAGAGUGUUGGAGACGAUGAGGGAGU